AUGAAUACGAUCCGAUCUACCUGGAUGGGCUGGGGCACCCUUUGCCUUGCCGGCGGCGGAGCAUACUAUUUCGCAAAGCAAUCCAUCAAUGCCGACCGACAAGCCCGAUUCGAAGCCGAAGUCAAGCGCAAGGCCCAAAUGAAGCGCAUGGAGGAUGAGCAUAAGCGCCAAGCGCAAGUUCCCACAUCAGCCCCGGGCAACACUAGCUCGAAGCAAGCAAGCGUGGCACCAUUGUCGAACGCCCCCGACGACGCCGCCUUGCCUAGUCUCGAAGCUUCUCACGAUCCGGCGCCCACUCGGCACGAACCCUUGACCGAGACUGAGCGUGUGUUGGAGAAGGGGAAGUACGAAACGGCCCAGCCCUACCGGCCUCCUAGUGGGAACCGGUUUAGCUAA